AGAUAACAUGCGUCGUAGACGGACAGGCCAGGCAGAACAUUGCGCUAUUCGGCUAGGGCGGGUAGAGCGCGUUGCGCCGUUCACUGGUCAACUUCAGUCUAUACUCAGUGCUCGUGCUGAGUAGCCGUGUGUCUGUCCGUAGUGUAAAACAACUAACUAGUGGUGCUCAACUCUUCAAGCAAACUUGCAUCCAGCCUCAAUCAACAACGCUGUAGUUAGAGCAUUCGUGAGGAGGGAAACAUCUCAGCAUGAGUUGUGCUAGUGUUUUGACCAGCAAAGACCUGCCGGACAUUGAGAGUCUGCUCGCUCUCAACCCGCGGGUUAAGCAAAACUGCUCGCUGGUACCGACGACCGUGACGAAGAAGGUGAAGAAACACUGGAAGCGCAAUGUGGAUAGGUCGUGCACCGCCUGCACACCGCUCACCAACGACUUCUCCGACAUUAAGCACACGACACUGUCGGAACGUGCCGCACUGAAGGAAGCGGCUCGCUGUCUCAAGUGUGCCGAUGCACCGUGUCAGAAGUCUUGUCCGACGCAGCUCGACAUCAAGAGCUUCAUUACGAGCAUUGCCAACCGCAACUAUUACGGUGCGGCGAAGGCCAUCUUCUCGGACAAUCCGCUCGGGUUGACGUGCGGUAUGGUUUGUCCGACCAGUGACCUGUGUGUGGGCGGUUGUAACCUGGCCGCGGUAGAGGAGGGCCCUAUCAAUAUCGGUGGCUUGCAGCAGUUUGCAACGGAGGUGUUCAAGCGGAUGGGACUGCGACAGAUUGUACCACCCGGAGUUGCUCCGCUGAAGUACCCGAACAAGCGUGUCGCACUGCUGGGAGGUGGACCGGCUUCGCUAUCCUGUGCGACCUUCCUCGGUCGUCUCGGAUAUAAGGAUGUGACCGUGUACGAGCGACGCUCGUAUCUGGGAGGUCUUAGCUCGGCCGAAAUUCCUCAGUACCGACUACCGGUCGAUGUGGUGAACUUUGAGGUGCAGCUGGUAAAGGAUCUGGGCGUACAGUUUGUGCUGAACCGAUCGCUAUCUGCCAAGGAUUUGACCGUGCGCGGUUUGCUGGAGACUGGCACGGAUGCGGUAUUCCUGGGCAUUGGACUACCCCAGCCCAAGGUGGACAAGGUGUUCGAGGGACUGACCGAAGAGCAGGGAUUCUUCACUUCCAAGAGCUUCCUGCCGCAAGUCGCGGACGGUAGCAAGCCGGGACUGUGCGGAUGUAAGCAGUCUGCCAAGCUGCCCACUCUGAGCGGUAAUGUUAUCGUUCUCGGUGCGGGCGAUACGGCUUUCGAUUGUGCCACGUCAGCGCUGCGUUGUGGUGCUCGCAAGGUAUUUGUCGUGUUCCGGAAGGGUAACAACAACAUUCGCGCCGUACCGGAGGAGGUGGAGCUGGCACGUGAAGAACGUUGCGAGUUUAUCCCGUUCAUGUCGCCGAAGGAGGUUAUAGUGCGGGCGGGCCGGAUUGCAGCGAUGGAGUUUUAUCGCACCGAGCAGGACGAUGCUGGCAAUUGGGUCGAAGAUCAGGAUCAGAUCACACGACUCAAGGCUAGCUACGUGAUAUCGGCGUUCGGUUCUGGACUGUACGACGCAGACACCGUUGCCGCGCUCGAUGGACUGAAGAUGAAUCGCUGGGGUCUUCCCGAAGUAGACCCGAAAACACAGCAAACCUCUAUGCCGGCUGUGUUCUGCGGAGGAGAUCUGGCCGGUGCUGCAGAAACGACGGUAGAAUCGGUGAACGACGGCAAGACGGCUGCCUGGUACAUGCACUGCUACCUGCAAGGCAUUCCGUUCGACACAAAGCCGGAAUUGCCUCUUUUCUACACCGAGAUUGACCAGGUCGAUCUCUCGGUAGAGGUGUGUGGUGUAAAGUUUGAAAAUCCUUUCGGCCUAGCAUCAGCACCACCGACCACUAGCACGGCCAUGAUACGCCGUGCAUUCGAGCAGGGUUGGGGCUUUGCCGUGACGAAGACAUUCGCCCUAGACAAGGACAUGGUGACGAACGUGAGUCCCCGUAUCGUGCGUGGUGUGACGGCUGGGCAGAACUACGGCCCACAGCAAGGAGCGUUCCUCAACAUUGAGCUUAUCUCUGAGAAGAGUGCACACUACUGGUUGACGGGCAUCCAGGAGCUGAAGCGUGACUUCCCCACCAAGGUGCUGAUUGCGAGCAUUAUGUGUACGUACAACCAGCAAGACUGGGUUGAGCUGGCGACGCGUGCCGAAGCAGCAGGAGCCGAUAUGCUCGAGCUGAACUUGUCCUGCCCGCACGGUAUGGGUGAGUCGGGUAUGGGACUUGCUUGUGGUCAGGAUCCGGAGCUGGUUUACAACAUUUCCCUGUGGGUGCGUAGUGCCGUCCGUAUCCCGUUCUUCGUGAAGCUCACCCCGAACAUUACCGACAUCGUGUCGAUUGCUCAGGCAGCCAAGCGCGGUAAUGCGGAUGGCGUAUCCGCCAUAAACACCGUGCAAGGUCUGAUGUCGUUACGUGCGGACGGUACACCGUGGCCAUCGGUUGGAGCCGACAAGCGUACUACGUACGGUGGUGUGUCCGGAAACGCUACCCGUCCCCAGGCCAUGCGUGCCAUUUCACUCAUCGCGAACAAGCUACCCGGCUUCCCGAUCUGCGGUAUCGGUGGUAUCGACUCGGCGGAAGUAGCAUUGCAGUUCAUCCAGUGCGGUGCACCGAUCCUGCAGAUAUGCUCCUCCGUCCAGAACCAAGACUUUACCGUCAUUGAGGACUACAUUCUGGGAUUGAAAGCUUUGCUGUACCUGCGAGCAAAUCCUCCACCCGAAGCACUGCCAUGGGACGGCCAGUCACCACCAACGGCCAAGCUGCAAAAGGGCAAACCGGUUGCACCACUUCGCACCGACGACGGCAAACCUCUGCUACACUUUGGCGAAUACAAGAAACAGCGCGAAGAAAAGCUCGCCCAAUUACGCCUACAACACGGUCCGCUAUGGGAUCCAAGCUCCAACGAUGCCGUCAAUGGUACGAACGGACACUCAGCGCCCAUCACACCAGACACUUCGUCCUCGGUCAGUGUGCCACGCGUGCAGGACGUACUCGGGGCCGCUCUACCACGAAUCGGAGAUUACAAAAAGUUGGACAACACCAAACAGGUGGUUGCUCUUAUAGACGAUGAUCUUUGCAUCAACUGUGGCAAGUGUUACAUGACCUGCGCUGACUCUGGCUAUCAGGCAAUCGAGUUUGAUCCGGUAACGCAUCUACCUCAUGUCAAUGACGACUGCACUGGUUGCAACUUGUGCCUUUCGGUCUGUCCCAUCAUAGAUUGUAUCAGCAUGGUUCCGAAGAAGAUUCCGCACGUCAUUAAGCGUGGCCAUCCCAAUGCCAACGUUGUGGUGCAUGCACUAAGUCCAUCACAGUAACGAGGGACAGAGAUUAAUUCGUGGCAAACGAUACACGACCGCCGAAUAAGUUGUUUUUACUGCAUAAACAGUACAUUUAGUUGAAUGCUCCUUACAAACAUAAGUGUUUUAAACUACAUUUUUCAAUAAAAAGCUUAAAUUUAACCAAAUUUCUGGUUUUGCAACUA